AUGGAGUGCAGAAAGUUUGAAAUAACCCUUAUCUCAGCUAAUAAUCUUGAAGAUGUCAGGAGAAUAUGCAAGAUGAAAGUUCAUGCUAGGGUUUCAAUCGGAAGCAAACCGGAAACCGAGAAACGAACUCCAACAGACACACACGGGAAGACGAAUCCUGCGUGGAAUUUCACAUUAAAUUACACGAUAAGCGAGUCGAUGGUGCAAAACUACAAUACAAUGCUUGUUAUAAAAUUGUACUGCAAAAGGAAACUGGGAGACAGGUAUAUUGGUGAAUUUCAUACUCCCAUGAAAGAGCUUUUUGACUGUGCAUACUCUAAUGGUGGAAGUGCCGUAAUGACUUUUCCUGUGCAAAAGGGCUGUGUGAACUCACAAGGAGAAAUGAGAAUUUCAUACAGGUUUGGAGAAAAAGUUAUGAUUGAUAAAUUAUUGUUGGCAGAGAGUGUUUCAAAAUGGAUUUAA